CAGGCCCCGGAGCCCUGUGACAAGCGGGUCUCUUUUUGCCUACGACUGUUCACUCCGAGGAAAAGCCUGAAACGACCUUGCCAUCAUCUUUUCGACGCGUUCCCGCGUAGAGGGGAACUCCCUCGCCGGCAUGCAGAGCUGCACGAGAAUCCUAUAACGGCAGCUCCUUUGCAGCAUGUAAAGCUUCAUACUUGCAACACAACUGCGACACGUCUUUGAUAUGCUUAUGGCUAAUUUGGAAGUUACUUCAGGCCAGUCAACCCAUUCUUCCAUCAGCACGCAAAUCACUUCUUCCCGCCAGCAAUUACAACCGUGUGAACCCCGAACGGUAGAAUCCCUUUACUACCUCUUCCAUGUCUCGUUGCAGGAUUUACUCCUCGAGCAAGGAAACACGAUUCCAUCUGGACACAUUGAAUCCUACUCCAAAGCUCCUUCUGAGGCGGCUUCCACAUUCUACGCGCACGGGUGUCAAGUCCAGCCUCCCAAAGGCACCUUCUCUUUGCUGCCUUUGUUCGCAGGUCUGCUAGCGGAAACUGAGUGUCAAAGUGCAAGGUAUAGCUUGCUUUCUAGCGUUUUACGACCUUUGGGAAACGUUCAUAGGCUUAUAUUGGUAUCCGUGGCGCACCUGACUGAAUGAAUGUGCAGUGCAUAAAGCGCUUGGAAUAAGGCAUCGCUUGGUAUUGGGUAGUUUGAGUGAGCGUCUCUUGACGAUUUUCUUUUUCCUUUUUCCCCUCACGCCUAGCCUUGAUGUUCGCUACCCUGGAAGCAGGUCGCGAAGUGCCUUGGGUAUAUAUCAAGGCAGUAUUGGUAACUAAAGAUCUACAGCUAUGACGAGCCCUUCGUCGUGGCGUAGCCUAGAGGGACGGACGUUGCAUGCAUAGGACAAGCUUUUAGAAUACGGAUAGCCUUUAAGAUUACACAUUGGAAACGGAACUUUGCUUGAAGGAUCUCCAUUAAUGACUAGCCAAUGUUGUUUG